CGGUUAAAUACGCCGGCGCCGGCCUAGAGGGAGCCAGAGAGACGCAGCGCCGGCGCCUCCUCCGCGCUGCAUCCUCGCCCCGCCGUCCGCACUGCGCCCGCGCCCAGACCAGAGAGCAUCAUGGAGGAGGUGGUGAUUGCUGGCAUAUCGGGGAAGCUGCCCGAGUCGGAGAACCUGCAGGAGUUCUGGGACAACCUCAUCGGUGGUGUGGACAUGGUGACGGACGACGACAGGAGGUGGAAGGCCGGACUGUACGGCCUGCCCCGGCGCUCCGGCAAGCUGAAGGACCUCUCCAAGUUCGACGCCACCUUCUUCGGGGUCCACGCCAAGCAGGCGCACACGAUGGACCCCCAACUGCGCCUGCUGCUGGAGGUCGCCUACGAGGCCAUCGUGGACGGAGGCAUCAACCCGGCCUCGCUCCGAGGGACCCACACCGGCGUCUGGGUGGGAGUGAGCGGCUCUGAGGCUUCGGAGGCGCUCAGCCGGGACCCCGAGACCCUCGUCGGCUACAGCAUGGUGGGCUGCCAGCGAGCCAUGAUGGCCAACCGCCUCUCCUUCUUCUUCAACCUCAAAGGGCCCAGCGUCGCCCUGGACACAGCCUGCUCCUCCAGCCUGCUGGCCCUGCACAACGCCUACCAGGCCAUCAGCAGCGGGGAGUGCCCCGCCGCCCUGGUGGGCGGCAUCAACGUCCUGCUGAAGCCCAACACCUCCGUGCAGUUCAUGAAGCUGGGCAUGCUCAGCCCCGAGGGCACCUGCAAGUCCUUCGACCAGGCGGGGGACGGGUACUGCCGCGCGGAGGCCGUGGUGGUCGUCCUGCUGACCAAGAAGUCCCUGGCCCGGCGCGUGUACGCCACCAUCCUGAAUUCCGGCACCAACACCGACGGCGCCAAGGAGCAAGGCGUGACCUUCCCCUCUGGAGAGGCCCAGGAGCAGCUCAUGCGCUCCCUGUACGAGCCGUUCGGCGUGGCCCCCGAGUCCCUGGAGUACAUCGAGGCUCACGGCACCGGCACCAAGGUGGGCGACCCCCAGGAGCUGAACGGCAUCGACCGGGCACUGUGUGCCACCCGCCAGGACCCCCUGCUGAUCGGGUCCACCAAGUCGAACAUGGGGCACCCGGAGCCGGCCUCGGGGCUGGCCGCCCUGGCCAAGGUGGGCACUCCCUCGGGCAGGGUUGCGGGGCGCUGUGCCUGGUCCCUGCCCUGGUUCUGGGGGCCCGACACGCUGCUGGGGACCUCCCCACAGGGCUGCAGGCAGUGGCCGGGGCAGCCCCAGGUGGGCAGCUCACCCCCCAGCUUCCUGAGCAGCCUGGGGGGUUUGGAGCACGGGCUCUGGCGCCAACCCAGGACUCAGGGCGCCACCGCGGCUGCGGUGUGGACCGCCCCUGCCGUCCCGGGGCCCGGCUACUGCUGCCAGCGGGGCACCCCCGAGGCCUGCAGGGGCUCUGGAGCAGGGCCGCCAGCACAACAGAACCUGGCCUUCGUGAGCAUGCUCAAACAACAUGGGGCCACGCCAGUUACGCCAUGCCUUCCGGGCUGCGCCGUGCUGGGCGGCGAGGACAGCGGGCAGGAGGUGCAGCAAGUGCCCGCUGGGCAGCGCCCGCUCUGGUUCAUCUGCUCCGGGAUGGGCACGCAGUGGCGUGGGAUGGGGCUCAGCCUCAUGCGCCUGGCCUGCUUCCGGGACUCCAUCCUGCGCUCCGACGAGGUCGUGAAGCCCUUGGGGCUGCAGGUGUCGGAGCUGCUGCUGAGCACGGACGAGGCCACCUUUGACGACACCGUCAACGCCUUCGUGAGCCUGACAGCCAUCCAGAUCGCCCUCAUAGACCUGCUGACCAGCCUGGGCCUGCGGCCGGACGGCAUCAUCGGGCACUCCUUAGGCGAGGUCGCCUGCGGCUACGCCGACGGCUGCCUCUCGCAGGAGGAGGCUGUGCUCGCCGCCUACUGGCGCGGCCAGUGCAUCAAGGAGGCCCACAUCCCGCCGGGGGCCAUGGCGGCCGUGGGCUUGUCCUGGGAGGAGUGCAAGCGGCGCUGCCCCCCUGGCGUCGUGCCCGCGUGCCACAACUCCAAGGACACGGUGACCAUCUCGGGACCUCAGGCCUCCGUGUCCGAGUUCGUGGAGCAGCUGCGACAGGAGGGUGUGUUCGCCAAGGAGGUGCGGACGGGCGGCCUGGCCUUCCACUCCUACUACAUGGAGGGCAUCGCCCCCUCGCUGCUGCGGGAGCUCAAGAAGGUGAUCCGGGACCCACGGCCCCGCUCCGCGCGCUGGCUCAGCACCUCCAUCCCCGAGGCCCAGUGGCAGGGCAGCCUGGCCCGCACGCCGUCCGCCGAGUACAACGUCAACAACCUGGUGAGCCCGGUGCUGUUCCAGGAGGCGCUGUGGCACGUGCCGGAGAACGCCGUGGUGCUGGAGAUCGCCCCCCACGCGCUGCUGCAGGCCGUGCUGAAGCGGGGCCUGAAGCCCAGCUGCACCAUCCUCCCCCUGAUGAGGAAGGACCACGCCGACAACCUGCGCUUCCUGCUCGGCAGCGUGGGCCGCCUGCACCUGGCGGGCAUUGACAUCAACCCCAAUGGCCUGUUCCCGCCCGAGGAGUUCCCAGCCCCCCGGGGGACCCCGCUCAUCUCCCCCCUCAUCAAGUGGGACCACAGCCAGACCUGGGACGUGCCUGCCGCGGAGGACUUCCCCAGCGGCUCCAGCAGCUCCUCGGCUACCGUCUACACCAUCGACGCCAGCCCCGAGGCCCCCGGCCACUACCUGGUGGACCACCGCAUCGACGGCCGCGUCCUCUUCCCGGCCACCGGCUACCUGUGCCUGGUCUGGAGGACACUGGCUCGCGCCCUGGACCAAAACAUGGAGCAGAUGCCCGUGGCUUUUGAGGACGUGACGCUGCACCAGGCCACCAUCCUGCCCAAGACGGGCACCGUGUCCCUGGAGGUGCGGCUGCUGGAGGCCUCGCACGCCUUCGAGGUGUCUCAGAACGGCAACCUGGUCGUGAGCGGGACGGUGUACCAGUGGGAGGACCUCGACCCCAGGCUCUUCGACAGCCAGGACGGCCUGGACGCGGCAGACCCCGCAGACCCCUCGGCCACCUUCCGCUUGUCCCGGGGCGACGUGUACAAGGAGCUGCGGCUGCGGGGCUACGACUACGGCCCCCACUUCCAGGGCGUCCUCGAGGCCUCCCUCGAAGGCGACACUGGCCAGCUGCUGUGGCGGGACAACUGGGUGACCUUCCUGGACAGCAUGCUGCAGAUGUCCAUCCUGGGCGCCUGCCAGCGCAGCCUGCGCUUGCCCACCCGCAUCGCCGCCAUCCGUAUCGACCCCGGGGGUCCACCGGGCGCAAG